AUGCUGGCCAUUCAAUUUGUAUCCGACUCAGACAUCAAAUUCGCGCGAGCAAUGAUUCCGGGAAUAUCUGAUUCAUCACCCGCCUCGAGCGAAAUCUGUGAGAACGGGCAGAAUUACGCAUGGUCAUCAUCUCCGUAUCACAUCAAAAUAUUUGCGAGACAGGAUCUUCUUGUCCAGCCGUUUUUACCUGAGCUUCGGACAGUCAUUAACGCCAGUUACCGUGACCACGAUAUAAACCCCAUAGGCAAGAUCGGCCAUCGAAUUCAGUACGAUACUCAAGUUGUUCACGAAAUCGGUAGCAGUGGGUUUACAGCCGUGACUUUUGCUUCAAACGAAAUUGUUGGCACCGCAAGUGUCAGGGAUUGGGUACCUGAGGCUGAUGGUAUUGUCUGGAAACUAGACGGCUAUUAUGCUGGAAAAAGCGCCGACGAGGCUGGUUCCAUGCAGGCAGUCGGCUCUAACAGCAACAGUGCUGUCUCAGAUACUGCUACCUGCGAGGGGGAUUUUGAAAUUUUCUUGGUUGCUGUCAAACCUGGCGAAAAAUACAGAAAAAAGGGAAUUGCAGAAAGGCUUGUAAAGGCGUGUGAGGAGGAAAUCAAGAGACAAAUUGGGCAAAAGCUUGUACAGCCUGCCCAAAAAAAUCAUCUGAGUAUCAUGCUCAAAGUCGUCAGGGAGAUCAAUGGGGAAUAUUGGUUGAAGAAAGGCUUUAAAAUUAUGGGUGAAUGCUACUGUCCACCUUUCACGUGGGACCUGGAAAAGGCUUUCGUUCUUUGGGCUAUGCGGAAGGAGCUGCCAAUCAGUUGA